AGAAAGAUGGCCCCGGCUAACGUUAGCUAGCAGAUGAUUCUCGGAAAAUGUUGUGCUCUUGAGCUUUUUUUUCUGUGUUUUUACCAGACGAACGGGGUCCGGCCACGUCCUAAAGCCCCUGUACCGACGCCGUAAAGACUCGGGCAGGAAACAAUCCCCCGUGUGCGUAGUUGUAGUGAUUUAGUGAGUAGUUUUCAGCAGGCGGUGUGUGUGUGUUUGUGCAGCGGGAGGGGGGUCGCCUCUCCUCCGGUCAGCUGUCCGUCACUUCAACGUCAGGGAGGAUUGUGGGGAACAGCAGCCAUGGCAGCUCCUGUAAACAUCCAGACUCCCAGCAAGACCUGGGAACUGAGUCUGUAUGAGCUGCACAGGAGCCCUCAGGAGGCCAUCAUGGAUGGGACGGAGGUGGCGGUGUCUCCUCGCUCUCUGCACAGCGAGCUGAUGUGUCCAAUCUGCCUGGACAUGCUGAAGAACACCAUGACCACCAAGGAGUGUCUGCACCGCUUCUGUUCCGACUGCAUCGUCACCGCGCUGCGAUCCGGGAACAAGGAGUGUCCGACCUGCAGGAAGAAGCUGGUCUCCAGACGUUCGCUGCGCAGAGACUCAAACUUUGACGCGCUGAUCUCCAAGAUCUACCCGAGUCGCGAUGAGUACGAGGCCCACCAGCGUCGCGUCCUCGAGCGGCUCAACAGGCUGCACAACAAGGAGGCGCUGAGCUCCAGCAUCGAGGAGGGGCUCCGCCAGCAGGCCCGCUACAGGUCCGAGAGGAACCACCGGGUGAAGAAGCCUACUCAAGAGAGCGACAACACCACCUUCAGCGGUGGGGAGGACAACGGCGACUCCCGCUCACACCUGUCCCAUGACUCCGCCCCCUCACAUGCCCCCCACCCCCGCGAUCAGACCCCGCCGGAGGCCGGGCCGAGCCGCAAGCGUCCACGUGCCUCCGACGACGGCUCAGGGCCCGAGGCUGACAGCGGGAGCCCGACUCCUCCUCUGAGGCGCCACAAAGAAGGGCCAGGCUCAGAGAUCGAGCUGGUGUUCAGGCCACAUCCACAGCUGGUCCACGCUCAGGACUACAACCAGACCAGGUAUGUGAAGACGACGGCCAACGCCACAGUGGACCAUCUGUCAAAGUACCUCGCGCUGCGCAUCGCACUGGAGGACCGACGGAGCGACGGGGAGGCGGAGGAGGGCAGAAAGGAGGAGGCAGGAGGAGAGGAGGGAGGAGCCGGGGGAGGAGGUGAAACAGCAGCGAGCGGCGAGGGAUCGAGUCUGAGCAACAUCAGUGAGAAACAGUACACCAUCUACAUCAUGACGAGGGGAGGACAGUUCUCUACGCUCAACGGCUCUCUGACUUUGGAGUUGGUCAACGAGAAAUAUUGGAAGGUGAGGAAGCCUCUGGAGCUUUACUACGCUCCCACCAAGGACCAACAGCAACCACAACAACAACAACCACAACCACCACAGCAACAGCAACCGCAACAACAGCAGCAACCGCAACAACAGCAGCAGCAGCAGCAGCAGCAACUCCAGCAGAAAUCUCCACCCCAGCAGAGGGAGGGAUGAGGAAGAGCUGCUGUUCUCUGUUUAUAACCAUGUCUUCUUACUGAAGGUGGAACUUCAACCGCCACGAUUUCAGAGUAUAAUCCGCAUUGUUUUUAAUUUACAGGCAUUAAACUGAACUUAUUUGAUUUGUUCAUUUGGAACCUCGGACGUCUCACCCGAUAAUUAAAGGAGGAUUUAUCAAGAAUGAAAAACGAGCAGAUUGGGACCUGCAAGGAAAGAUGAUAAAACAAACAAGCCACUGACUAACAGCUGUUAAUAAGCAGACAUCCUCUGAAAACCCCUUUCUGAUGUUUGCUUGGUGAUGCGUUCAAGACAUCAGGGAAAUAUGGGAUUACCUUUCCACUGUGGCCGCUUGAUGAAAAGAAUUUCCAUCCGCUGCAUUCCUUGUUAUUAGUUACGCUUUUAAAGAGAGGGAGCACUGUGCGCAACCUGCUACUGCAGCUUCAGCAUUUCCUGGUAACAACUUCUCCUGGAUUUCAUUUGAAUUGUUUUCAAGACUGUUGCCAAAAUAUCAAGUUUUAGCAUCAACUCCACAUCUUUCCUCCGGACACUUAAUUUUUCUAAAAAUGAAUGAAUUGCACUUGUUUUUGCACAAAUUGCCAAACAAGAACUUUGCAAAAUAUACAAAAAUUAAGAAACUAUUAUUAUUUUUAUUAUCAUUAUUAUUUUAUUUUUUUUAAUAGAUACUGAUAACCAUCGUCACCCAUUUCCACCAAGAAAAUGUAAGUUUUACAAAAAUCAAAAACGAUAUCUAAAUAAUAUUUUCUAGUUAAAAUUCUGGAAUACAAAGCCAUACGUUCUGAGAUGAGUAUAGGUUAAACAUUUGACUCUCUAGGUUAAGCAUUGUUUUAAAAAUGAUCACUUUUACUGUGUUUCCAACAGAAUUUCUGCCUCUUGAACCGGUUCAGUUUUCCACCUGUGGCAGCUCUGUGCGAAUUUUCACAGAUCUGUGGCAGAACCAUUGCUUUUCUGUUUUUUUUUAACUGUAUACGUAGUCAGGGGAAAAGAUGGCGGCGUUGCGUUGUUUACCUGCAGCUUUAAGCAUCUUGAUUCAAAUACUUAUGUACAUACUUUGAGUCCAACAGAGACUCAGCUGGGACCAACUUUUCAAGUUGCUUUGGUGUAUUGACCACAGCUUGUUUUCUGUGUUUUAAUGUCUUUGUUGAGGCCCAGAUUUAUAUCUAAUAAGUAGACCACUGAACACUUUUUAGCUUUUCUGUUGUUAAAUUAGACCCUCCCACAAAGUCACAGCAUUUUCUAGUUCCCAACAAGGGCCAAACCUUUCAGCUGUGACCGCAUUUUAUUUUGGCGGAAAUGUCUGAAUAGUAAUUAAAAUGUUGACUCGCAAUUUAGCAUUAAUGUUUCUUUCUUCUUUCCACAUAUCUUGGCACAAAUAGGCUCCCGUAACCUUGUGACUAAAGGUAAACCUGACCAGGUAGAUAUCUGAUGGUAGCUUGCUGGUAUAUUUGACUGUGUUCCUUUUUUUUUUUCCUGACAAGAUCUUAGAGAAACUGAUCAAAUAGUCAAAGCAAGAUUUUUUUGCUCAGUUUUUGCUUGAUUUUCUUUGAUCUGCAUUUAAUGUCUGACUUAAUCUAUUUAUGAAAUCUUUGUAUAAUUUAAUUUCUGUCUUGAGGACGUGUGUGACUGAAGCUCUUUCCUCCUGAGUGACGGGAUCACUGUGGGACAGCUUGGCACUAGAAUAAUGCUGCAUUAAGUGUUUGCUCUCAGUUGGACCUGUUGUCACUGAUUUACACCGAUAGAACCAGUUUAAAAUGUUUGAAUACAAUUUAACAGUUAAGAUGCAGAAAUACAACAGAUUUCAGUGUCUUACAGUUCAGAAUAUUAGGAGUUAAUGUUUUUUAAAAGCAGGAAUCAAAGGGUGGUAGUUUCCUUGAAUUGGAAAAGCAUUAAUUUAGGACUAAUUUAAAUUUCCUUUAUCAACUACAUACAAAAUCCACACAGAUAUGAAACGUUCUGCUAUAUUUUACUAGAUAUGCUCAUUUUCAGCAUUUAAAUAUGUAGCUGUACCGUUACUCCUGUUUUCCCCUUUAAUGUAAGAAGAGGUGGAGUUCACACCUACUGUUCUGUUUUUUAGAAUUUAACACAUUUGCAUGGAUUUUCCUCAGAAAAAAAAACAAAAGCCUUCGAUAUGAUUUAACCCGUUCUCCACCGUUUUGACUCUUGGCUCCAAUUCCUUUGUUCUUACGCACUUUACAUUUCCUGCAGCAGCCAUAUAAUUUCUCCUACUUUACCUCAGUUUAUAUGGGAUAUUUGUAUAAUACAAAAAAUGCAAUAUUUUCUUUCCUCUGUUGUGUAAUUGUACCCUUUUCAUUUUUUCCUCACUUAGCAAUUCAGCACAAUAAAACUAUUGAACGGAAA